AAACGUACAGGCCAAGAAUGAAUUUUUCUAUAUAAAGUGAAUAUAAGAUGACCGUCGAUGCAACAAGCAUGAGAGUGUAUUAAUACAGUUUGAAGUAAAUGAACGGCGUGAGCAAUUUGUCAGAGCUUGAUACCAUUGAAGCGCCGCGGACAAAGCAAUAACCAAUGGAAUUACAAAGUAGUAAUGAUAGCACCGUGAGAACCCUUCACAGCCUAUCAUUCCCUCAAUCCAACAACCAUAAGUAAAAAAAACUCCCCAAUGGCUCAAUCAUCCUCCCUCCCUCUCUCAUGUUCUCAUAUUCAAUCGUAUCCAUUGCCUUGGCCAGCUUGUGCCUUAUCAAGGCAGACGCUCAUCAAGUUGCUUAUCAGCAAAACUCUCAAGCUGAUCCAUUUGCCGUCAAUAGCAAGCGUCCGGUGUUGGAAAAAGAUUCGUAUGUCCCCUCGUUCGCUGGUAUCUCUACCUUUGCCCACCUGCCGUACGUUCAAUGCUGGGAAGAGAAUGUGGCUGAAGACUAUGAUAUUGCCGUGAUGGGUGUACCUUAUGAUAUUGGCGUUACGUUCCGAACUGGAGCUCGAUUUGGUCCCUCUAGCAUCCGUUUGGGGUCUAUGCGCACCAAGGGUUACAAUUCUGAGAUCGGAGUCAACCCUUUUAGAUCUUGGGCCAAGUUGGUGGAUUGCGGUGAUAUCCCGUUUACCCCUUUUGAUAGCUUGCAGGCUAUUAAUCAGAUCGAACAAUAUACCAAAUAUCUGUUGAACCGCCCUCUUGUUCCUGGUCAAUCGGUUCCCAAGAUCCCUCAAUUGGUUACUCUGGGUGGCGAUCACACUGUGUUGUUGCCUGUUUUGCGUGCUAUGGCUGAAGCACAUGGUAGACCCAUCAGCGUCAUCCACUUUGACUCUCAUCUUGAUACCUGGUCUCCAGAAGCAUAUGGAAUCAAACCACCGUCACUUUUCAACCAUGGAAACCCAUUGUAUCAUGCAGCUAGAGAGGGUCUCAUUGCCAAUGGAACUUCUAUGCAUGUUGGUAUUCGGUCAUCCCUUUAUGAAGAAGACGAUUUCGCCAAAGACGAGGCGUUAGGUUUCCGCAUUAUCAAGGCGAACGACAUUUUCGAUAUUGGUGUGGAUGGCAUCAUCGCCCGUAUGAAGGAAAUUCUUGGUGAUAAGAACGACGCUCUUGUCUACCUCUCUAUUGAUAUUGAUGUUGUAGACCCAAGUGCUGCUCCUGGAACCGGCACCAUUGAGUCUGGAGGUUUCCUGGUGCGAGAAAUGCGUCGCAUCAUCCGCAGCUUGAGGGAUUACCAACUCGUCGGCGCUGACGUCGUUGAGGUUUCCCCUCCCUAUGACAACCCUGCCCAAAUCACAUCCAUCCUGGCCGCCGACCUUAUCUACGAAAUUAUGUCCAUGAUGGUUAAGCACGGGGAGGAAGCCAAUUGAAGUGGCUAAUGCCUUGGAUCGACCCGGUUGAAUG